GGCGACCGGGAAGGCGGGAAGGGAGAAUUCCGGGCCAAUGGCCGGUGGGCCCUGAGCUGGGCUGGCAGGGAGGGUGCAAGGCCAGCAAGAGCGGCCGGAGUGAGCACGCCAGUCGCCAGCCAGAUGUCAGCCCUCAGAGAGCAGAGUCCACAUCUGGUGAUUGGCACUUGCUCCUUCUGUCCCCAGGGCCGCCUCCCCGCACAGGGAGGGUCUCCUACAUCAACAUCAUCAUGCCUUCGGUGUUCGGCACCAUCUGCCUCCUGGGCAUCGUGGGGAACGCCACGGUCAUCUUCGCGGUGGUGAAGAAGUCCAAGCUGCACUGGUGCAGCAACGUCCCCGACAUCUUCAUCAUCAACCUCUCGGUAGUGGACCUCCUCUUCCUCCUGGGCAUGCCCUUCAUGAUCCACCAGCUCAUGGGCAAUGGGGUCUGGCACUUUGGAGAGACCAUGUGCACCCUCAUCACAGCCAUGGACGCCAACAGUCAGUUCACCAGCACCUACAUCCUGACUGCCAUGGCCAUCGACCGCUACCUGGCCACUGUGCACCCCAUCUCCUCCACCAAGUUCCGGAAGCCCUCCGUGGCCACCCUGGUGAUCUGCCUCCUGUGGGCCCUCUCCUUCAUCAGCAUCACCCCUGUGUGGCUCUAUGCCAGGCUCAUCCCCUUCCCGGGGGGCACAGUGGGCUGUGGCAUCCGCCUGCCCAACCCGGACACCGACCUCUACUGGUUCACCUUGUACCAGUUUUUCCUGGCCUUUGCCUUGCCCUUUGUGGUCAUCACAGCCGCGUAUGUGAGGAUCCUGCAGCGCAUGACGUCCUCCGUGGCUCCUGCUUGUCAACGCAGCAUCCGGCUGCGGACAAAGAAGGUGACCCGCACGGCCAUUGCCAUCUGCCUGGUCUUCUUUGUGUGCUGGGCGCCCUACUACGUGCUACAGCUGACCCAGCUGUCCAUCAGCCGCCCGACGCUCACCUUCGUCUACCUGUACAACGCGGCCAUCAGCCUGGGCUACGCCAACAGCUGCCUCAACCCCUUCGUGUACAUCGUGCUCUGUGAGACGUUCCGCAAACGCCUGGUCCUGUCGGUGAAGCCUGCGGCCCAGGGGCAGCUUCGAGCCGUCAGCAACGACGAGGAGAGGACAGAAAGCAAGGGCGCCUGACACUUCCCCUGCCACCCCCGGCACCUCCAAGUCAGGACCCCACAGCAGAUCAUGGGGAGAGAUACUGAUAAAAACCUGAGACCGCUCUGGGAGGCUAGGUGGUGAGGGGUUGCUGCCUCCAAACACCGUCCACGGGGCCCACAAUUUGCUGGGAAGGCUCCAAGCCAGGCUGGGGGCUUCAAGCAUCAGAAAUCCCCUUGGGAGAGCAGGAUGGAACCUUUGGGUAGAACAGAAACUGAGCAAGAAGAAAAUUUUGCUUUAAAUGUUCAGUUGAGCCCUGGGCUGGCUAGCUCCCAAAUGUCUUUUUCCCCAGAGAAGAGGUUUGUUUAAAAUCACUCAGGGCCUGGGUGUGAGCAGCGGGGCCCCACAGCGCAGCGGGGCCCUGGGGAGAUGGGGAAGGUGGUGCGGCCCCCACACCCUUUCCAUCUCUGGUUGGUAGGGUGGAGGCAGCCCUUCUCCCAAGCUGGACGGUGAUGAAAAAGGAAGCCUGAUGUCUCUCCAUGUUCCAGCAUCCUGUGUCCAUCUCCCUGUAUCUCUAGGAGGUGCAUGUUUAUUAUCUGGGGGUGGGGGGUUCUGAGCCCACAGAAGUAAAAGGCCAAUUUGCUAGGAGAUCCGAUUGAGAAUGACAAGGCUAAAUGGG